AGGAAAUAGCAUAAAAUUCAGUUCACACUCUGUUACAAGUAUUAAUUAGUUCAUUCAGGUCUAAAAAGAACAGCAAAAGGAAUUAUUUUUGUCACCAGAUUUGGUACAUGUGGCAGUAUACACAGAGGAAACAGAUGGCUUGCCUAAGGAGAUGCUAUUUUUAAAGAUACUCUUCAGAGUAUACCCACAGAUGUACAAUUUUUUCUCUUCAAAUCCAAUCUAAAAUUAGAAGUUGUGAUGGGUUUGUCUGCUUCAUCUCCAUCGGUUGCCGUUCAGUCAGCAAAUGUAUCUGUACACCCUCAGACAGCAUCUCCACCUUCAGAAUGUCCCAUGCAUCAGGAAAAAAUGGAAGGUUGUCCAAUGCACAUGAGAUCUCCUGACCAAGGUGCUGAGAACCAAAAUAAUAAUGUUCCUGCACAUCAAGAACGAGCAUAUGAAUAUCUGGAGUGUCCUAUGAAAUCUAGUACAUCUCAAAUGAAAGAUGACAUAGAUUCUAGAAAUAUGAUGCCACCACCUAAUCAAAUGCCAUCCCUGAAUCAACCAUUUCCACUAUCAACUAUCAGAGAAGAGUCUUCUAUUCCUAGAGCGCAUUCAGAACAAAAAUGGGUUUAUCCGUCAGAGCAAAUGUUUUGGAAUGCUAUGCUAAGGAAAGGAUGGAGGUGGAAAGAUGAUGACAUAAACCCCAAAGAUAUGAGUAAUAUUAUCAAGAUUCACAAUCAGAACAAUGAGCAGGCUUGGAAAGAGAUUUUAAAGUGGGAAGCUCUUCAUGCUGCGGAAUGCCCAUGUGGACCAUCGUUGAUCCGGUUUGGAGGUAAAGCUAAGGAGUAUUCACCCAGAGCCAGAAUACGCUCAUGGAUGGGAUAUGAACUUCCUUUUGACAGACAUGAUUGGAUUAUUGAUCGUUGUGGGAAGGAAGUCAGAUAUGUUAUUGAUUAUUAUGAUGGUGGUGAAGUAGAUAAGAAUUAUCAGUUCACCAUCUUGGAUGUCCGUCCUGCAUUUGAUUCUCUCUCUGCUGUGUGGGACAGAAUGAAAGUAGCUUGGUGGCGUUGGACUUCAUAACUACACUGAAACUGUAUUUUCUCAAAUUGAAGAUGAGCUGCCAUUUGAACUUUAAAUAAAGAUCAUAGUAACUGUGCUUAUCUUCAUUAACCAACAGUGUCCUUAUCUCUGGGGGGAAACACUAUGCAGUUUGUAUGUACAGAUACUUUAUACCAUCUAUAAUUUAAAAGUAAAGUACAUGCUUUUCUCUUUCUAGGUUUAUUUCAGUGUUCAAGUUCCCUCAUAGCUGGAAAAUCUUGUGUGUACUUUAGUCAAUUAAAUCUAAACUACAUAAGAUUAGUGACUCUCACAAAGUGCCAGGCACAAUGGAGCCUGACCCUGAUUGAGCCUUUAGGCACUACUACAAUAUAGAUAACAAAAGUGGGAGUUUUGUAAAUAGUUUUUAUUUGGUCAUUAAAAGUGGUACAUGGAUACCAUGAUCGUGGGUGUGGUGUAAAAGUCUAGGUAGAUAAUUUAUUGUUGCAAACUAAUUUAUAUAUAGUCCAUAUCUAAAUCUGAGAUUAUUUCAGUUGGACUAACCUGUUUAAAUAAAAAAUAUGGCAUGUGAAUAUUUUUAAAGGUAUGUUAAACUGAAACUAAUGUAGGAAGAGUUGUGCCAUUAUUUUCAACAGACUUUUUCUAAAAGAAAAGCAAUUAAUAAUUUGAAACAGUGUGAUGGUUACUUUUUCUUUUAAAAUGACGCUUCUGUAUUGUAUUCCAAAAAGCAGGAAAUAAAAUGGACAUUUCAGAGUAGUUCAGUUUCAUUUUUGAAGUUAUGAAAAAUCCAUAGUGUUUGAGUUAAUUGAAUAUAUAUUUAAAAGCCUAUUGUCUUCAGUGGGUGUUACAUGGACACAGUGAAAAGCAGAAUUAAGUCUUGUGUAUGAAAUUUUAAUUUUUGUGGCAAGUAACUGCCUCUCAAAGAAAAGAUGAUAAUUGGACAGUGUUCAGUUUUCACACAUUUUGUGGAAUAUAGUGUUAAAUUUAAAAUUUCUAGGCAGUGUUUUGCAGAUUUGGUAGACAGUAAAUUACUGUAUGCUGAAAUGUGUUGUCAUGUAAAAGGUAUACAUGUAGAGUAUCAGAAAUGUUAAGCUAUUGAUUUGACUUGCUGUUCUUGCUAUCAUAACAUAGAUAUUUAAAAUUACUUAUUGCAUAUAGUGUAGCAAUUUGAACAAUCUUACAUGUGUAUAAUAAGGGAAAUUACUUUGUAAUAGUUUUCUAACUUGAUAUUCCCUGUAAAUCAUACUUCAGGGUUCUGUGGCACCAGGAGCUCAGUGUGAAGCUUAAAUUAAUCCUCCCUUCCCUCCUAUGUCUAUUCUUGAGACUGAUCCAUCCAUGCAUGUUACUUUGGAUUUGGUAGGAGUAAAUGAAUACUGUAUUCUACUCCUUCUAGUGGGAAAUUUCUCCAAUAUGUACAUAAUCCUAACUUUUGGAUGAAGGGCUGUGUGUAAUUGGAUUUAUAUAGGGAACUACCUUCAGAGAGCUGCUUUGCAAUAAACUGACUUUCACUUCAUGAGGAAGUAAUCUCAUAUAGCUCCUACUUUGAAGGUUGUUGUGGAGACCACCUUUCUUGUCCAGAGGAAAAAUUCCCCCUUCAGAGGUUUCCAGAAAGUAUUGCAUAGCCUAAAGUCUAACAUUACUGAGGU